AUGAUUGAGAGUUACAUACUGAUGUUUUCUUUAGUCAGAAUCAAAAUCAAUUUGAAGUUCAUCAAUCUCAGAGAAACACAGAGAGCCAUCAGGAAAGUUCAGGAUAGUCUACGAAGUGGUAAAAUACCUAGACCUGUGUUGACAUCUAUUUUACCAUCUUUUCCUCCUGCCUCCGAUACUGAUACAGAUAAUGAGCGACCUAGGGAGUCAGAAAGUGACAUCAGCUCCAGCUACUUUCCAAGGAGGCGUCAUGAUGAGCUCACUGCCAGUGACAGUGAUAGUUACUUCACAGCACCAGAAACAGAAGAUGCUCCAAAAUUUGUUAAGAAGCUGAUGAAACAGGAUGUGAUUGAGGGACAAGCUGUUAGUUUUGAAUGUGUUGUGUCUGGAAACCCCAAACCUAGUGUAAUAUGGCUAAGGAAUAACUUUCCCAUACGAGAAGGAGAUGACUUCCAGUUCUUACAACACACAGACAGGUUUGUUUUGCACAUGUCUGCUGUUUACCCAGAAGAUGCUGGUUUAUAUACAGCUAAAGCAGUGAAUGCAGUUGGAUAUGUAGCAUGUAGUGCUGAAUUGCAUGUUGAAGAGGUUACAACUGAUGAAGAAUAUGGUACACCAGUGGCUAAAUCUGCAUUUCACUCACAAGAAUCCACAGAAUCUGAAACAGAAACAUUAAGAGUUCAGAUUGCUGAUGAUUCUGAUGCUACCGACACUGAAGAUGUACCACCAGAAUUUACUAAGAAAAUGAAAGACUUUGAGGUUACAGAAGGAGAACAGGUUCACUUUGAUUGUAAAGUUACAGGGACACCAAUGCCAGACAUUACAUGGCGUAAGGAUGGUAAUACUUUGGCAACUUAUGGUGGACAUCAUAAAUUCUACACAGACGAUAAUGGACUAUGUUCGAUGAUAAUACAGCAAGCGACAAUUCAUGAUAGAGGCGAAUAUACUUGUGCCGCUGCAAACUUUGUUGGUAAAGUUUCUUGCAAAGCAUAUCUUUCUGUUAAAGAAAAAGUAGAACUACCACCUGAGCCAAGUCCUCCAGAUUUCACAACUACACUGCAAGAUAUAACCAUUAUUGAAGGUAAUGCAGCCACAUUAGAGUGUAAAGUGAGUGGAUAUCCCGAACCAGAUGUUAUGUGGCUACUGGACGGUAGGCUUAUACAGCCAGCUAAAGAUAUUCGUAUGAUGUUUGAUGGAGAGAUUGCUACAUUUACAAUGCUGAAAGCAUUCCCUGAGGACAGCGGUGUAUAUACUUGUAGACUAACUAACGUACAUGGCGAGACACAAUCAUGCAAUGCUACCGUCACUGUCAUUGAGGACACUCGUGCUCCCACCUACGAGACAUCACCUCCAAAGUUUUUACAACGUUUCAAAGACACUGAUGUUGUUGAAGGGCAUGAGGUAAAGUUCCAAUGUCUAAUAGUUGGUACACCCAGUCCUGAGGUCACAUGGUACUACCAAAGAAAGCCAAUCAAAGAAACAGCUGAUUUCAAAUUCCUACAAGACGGCAUUAAGUAUACUUUGCACAUUGUGGAAUCAUUCCCAGAAGACGAGGGAGAAUACAUGUGUAAAGCAACAAACUCUGCUGGUGAAGCAACGUGGAGUGCUGAACUGUUUGUUGAUGAACAAGGUGCGAAAACUCAUUCCUCUCGUAAACUACGCCGAAAAGGAUUCCCUCCGUCAUUUACACGUGAACUAACUGACUUGACUGUCAAAACUGGACUGACUAUUAAAUUUGAAUGUAAAGUUACUGGAUUACCUGAACCAGACGUUAGUUGGUAUCAUAACAAGCAUGAACUUGACUCUGAUGAUCGCUACACACUACACUAUGCGCCAGAUGGAACGUGUGCUGUGAUUAUUCAGUCCAUUGGGAAAUCUCAUGAAGGUGAAUAUCAAUGUGUUGCUGCUAGCUCUAUGGGUAAAGCAAUCACAACUGCUGUACUUACAGUCAUUCCACUCGUGUCUGAACAAUCAAGAGAAGCUACUGUCAAAGAAACAGAACCCACCCAGGAAAUAUCAACUGGCAUUCCACCACCUCCAGAGAGACCACCAGAAAUCUCAGAGGUAACAUCAUCUACGGUCGUCGCCUCGUGGCCUGCUUGCCUACAAGAAGCUGCAGCUAGUCCAAUUACUUACAUAGUAGAACUUCGAGAGUUACCGGGUAAUGAAUGGUUCUGUGUUGGUGCUGGUAUUUCAGAAACAGAGCUGUUUGUGGAGAAUCUCUUACCAUCUACAGAGUAUGAAUUCCAAGUGAGAGCAGAGAACACCUUUGGUGUCAGUGAAGCUAGUCAGGUGUCCCAAGUUAUUGUCACACAUCCAUUAGAUGAAUCUACAAGAAGAGAUUUAUUGAAACAGAAACAAAUGUCAUCAAUUGAAGGGGCACCAUGUUUUAUUGGAACACCGGAGGAAGUCUAUGUACAGCCUGAACACACUGCAACAUUGCUCUGUAGUGUGAGUGUUGAUCCAACACCUGAAAUAGCAUGGAUGAGAGAUGGUCAUGUUAUUCCUACUGAUGGAAGAUAUCAACAAAAUGUCAGUGUAAGUGGUGUGUGCAGCUUGCAAAUACAGGAUGUGACAGCUGAUGAUAUUGGCGAUUAUGAAUGUGUGGCGACUAACGAUUUUGGAAAUGCCAGGAUUGCUGUCUUUUUAGAUCUUGCAGAGCCUCCUAAAUUUCUCACUGAAUUGGAAGAUAUCACGAUAAAAGUUGGUCAGUCAUUCUGUAUACAAUGUAAAGUUGGUGGUAUCCCAGAACCUGAUAUAUUCUGGUAUAAAGAUGAUAUAUUCGUUGCGGAAACUGAUAAUAUUCAAGUGUACUUUGAAGGAGAUGAUACAUGUGGUUUAUCGUUCAACAAAGCCUCUUUAGAUGACACUGGGGAAUAUAAGAUAACCGCUAAAAAUAUUGUCAACGAGGCUUCUUGCAUUUGUUUUGUGCUGAUAGAAGACACAAGUUCGGAAGAAGAGGGCAAGACAAAAAAAAUAAAGUUAAAGAGAAAAGAGAAAAUUGAAGACCAUUACGAAGUGAGAGAAGAACUGGGAAGAGGUGCAUACGGAGUUGUAAAGCACGCUGUAUCACGUAAAGACGGGAGAGACUGUGCUGCUAAGUUUAUCCGUUCAAAACCAACAAUGAGAAGAGAGUUCAGACAAGAGAUGGACAUUAUGUCAUCAUUAGAUCAUCCAAGAUUAAUUAAAUUAAUGGAUGGUUACGAAACAAAAACUGAACUUAUUAUGAUCAUGGAAAUGGUUACCGGAGGGGAGUUGUUUGAAAAGCUUAUACAAGAAGACUGUUUGACUGAGAGUGAAGCGGUGUAUUUCUUACGCCAGGUACUCGAAGGGCUGGAACACAUGCAUAAAAGGAACGUGGUACACCUGGAUCUAAAGCCAGAGAAUAUAUUAUUGGUUAAGCCAUGCGACGACAACAUUAAACUGAUUGAUUUUGGACUUGCGAGGAAGAUUUUAUCAGACAAAGACGUUUUUGUCAAGUUUGGUACACCGGAAUUUGUAGCACCUGAAGUGGUCAAUAAACAGCCUGUUACUACGGCAACUGACUUGUGGAGUUUAGGAAUUAUUGCCUACGUCAUGUUGAGUGGUAUCUCUCCUUUCAUGGGUGAGGACGAUAAGGACACCUUGGUGAAUGUGAAAAACGGUAAAUGGUCAUUUGAAGAUGAGGUAUUUAAUAAAGUGACAGAAGAAGCUAAGGAUUUCAUAUCAAGGUUGUUAGUGCUUGAUCCAAGUAUUCGUAUGACAACUGAAGAAUGUUUGGAUCAUCCAUGGUUAGAGCUUGCCGAUAACCGUGGUGAAGGAGCCAAACUGAGUGUUGAGAGACUUAAGACAUUCAAUGCUAGAAGGAAGUGGCAGAAAGCGUUAACUGCAGUGAAAUCGGCAAUGAGAAUUCGUCGUUUAUCUACAUGCAGUACUGAAUCUUUAUCAUCGUUAGGAUCUGGACGUUCCUCGCAUGAAAGCACACCAGCCUCGUCUGAUACCGAAGCCAGAGUUGAUCCCAGUAAAACCGAAAGCUCUGAAGAUAUCCAGGCAGAAGAGGGUGAAAUAUCUAUCAAAAUUCCAACUCUUCCUCUUGGAAGAAAGAAAGUUGCACCAGUAGAACGAGAGAAAGGACAGAAAGAUAUCGAAGAAUUUGCACCAGUUUUCCGUGUACUUCUGAAAGACACACCUAUGAUAGAAGGCCAGCCAAUGGAAUUGUCAUGUUGGGUUAUUGGCAAACCUACCCCAACAGUGUCCUGGUUCAAGGAUGAUCACCAAUUAUUCCACAGUGAGCAAGUGAAGAUGUGGACUGAUGAACAAGGCAGAUGUCAUCUUAAGAUUGAAAAAUCUGACGAGGAUGAUGUUGGUAUCUAUAAAUGUAUGGCAGCUACUAGACUUGGCAAUGUUCAAUCAACAGCCAAAGUAGCCAUUGCUGAUCUGCCAGAUAAACCAUCAAGACCUAGAGUGCCUUUGAUAUCCGCCACUGAAGCAUUCGUGACUUGGAAAGCACCGCAGUAUACAGGAAACUGCCCGCUGAAAGCUUACAAAUUGCAGUACAGGAAAGCAGGUGAAAAGCAAUGGGUAUUGGUAUCGGAUGAAAUCCAAGAAGCCUGUCUUCACGUGAAGAAUCUUCUACCAGAUACUUCCUACAGAUUUCGUGUAGCUUGUCGAAAUAAGAUUGGAUCAAGUCCGUAUAGUAGAUCAUCUGCGCAGGUUAAAUCGAUGCCAGCAGGCUCCCCGGAGUUACAGAUCGAAAGAUCAGACCGAUUGCAGGUACUUCGUUCCGUAAGUUUCGCAGGGAUGAAGCGACAGUCAUCGAUGGAACGGUCAUUUGAAUCAUCUGAAGCUGAUGAAGAUAUUGUUAUACAAUUAAAAUCGUCUAUUCCACAGAAGCAUUAUAACUUUGAAGAUGAAAUUGGAAGGGGUCGAUUUGGUGUUGUGAGGAAAUGUGUAGAGCACAACACCAACAUAGAAUAUGCUGCCAAGUUAUUGCGAGUAAAACCAAACAAUGAAAGUCAGUUACUUGAAGAGUAUGAACUCUUGAAAGACCUUCGAUACCCACGUAUUGGCAUGUUACAUGAUGCCUACCUCACACCAAGGUUUCUUAUUCUCAUCAUGGAAAGAUACUACGGUGGACCUGUCACUCGGUAUCUUGCUAGUAAAAGUUUUUACUCUGAAGAUGAAGUUGUUGAAUUUCUCCGUCAGCUAUUAGAUGCUGUUGGUUUCAUCCAUUCUCAGAGUAUCGUUCAUUUAGACAUUAGACCUGAUAAUGUAUUACUAGAAAGUAGACGACGAAACGACAUCAGACUCAUUGACUUCGGAUCAGCAAGAAGACUGCCAGAAAAAGGCGGCGUGAAGGUUGAUGCAGAUCUUAUACCCGAGUUUAUGGCACCAGAAGCCGUGGAAGGCCAACUAUUGAACACAUCGGCUGAUAUAUGGUCUAUUGGUAUAUUGGCAUUUAUCAUGUUGAGCGGUGUCUCGCCAUUUUUGUUUAAAGAUAAAUCUGAGACAAUGGCGCAUAUUUUGACAACACAUUGUGAUCUAUCUUUGUUGUACCAACAAGUGAGUCAACAUGCCAGAGAUUUUAUCAACAAAACGCUUCAAAGACAUGCAAGUGACCGACUUAAUGUUUUGGAAAGCUUACAACAUCCAUGGCUGGUAAAUACUGUGGAAGCCAAAGACAGGCGACAUAAUGUGGUGCUUGAUAGCAGACGAUUGAAAGAGUACAUGGAUGAUUACAAACAUAGAUGUCGUCUCAUGGCAACAACGGAAACCAUGACAAUAAGGAAAUACUGCUUAGUACAACAAUCGUUCUCUUUCACCACAGACGACGACACGUCAGAGAGGAGCGAGCUGAAAACAGAGACUUCUUUAUAAAACUUCAAAUUAGUGUACUGCCAUAUUGUUUGUGACAAUUUCUGUAAAUACAGUGAUGUAUAUGUGGACAAUUUAUU